UUCUUCUCUCCUCUCUCUCUAUCCCUCUCUCUCAUUUACUGACCUACUAAAAUUUCAGUGCUCCCUGCCCUUCUGGGUUCGUGUGACCCUAGGGAGUUGUGACCACUCUCAGUAAAGACUCUCCAAUCCCCUCCAUUCAUCUGCAGACUUCUUUUAUUUAACUAACACCAUUAUUUAAAAUCACCAUACUUACAUAUUUGGUGGUCCUCUCCCUCUUUCUUUCGGUGGUCCUCCUCUCUAGCUAAGAUGGGUGAGAGCACUUUCUCCGGUAACCACCCCACCAAUCACUUUUCCAUAGACGUGCAGACACAAGGCGCUUCUAAAUGUUUCGACGAUGAUGGCCGUCUCAAGAGAACAGGCAAUUUCUGGACUGCUAGUGCCCACAUAAUAACGGCUGUGAUUGGCUCCGGCGUACUUUCGUUGGCGUGGGCCAUUGGUCAGCUGGGAUGGAUUGCUGGCCCAGCUGUGAUGUUAUUGUUCUCGUUCGUCAUCUACUACACUUCUGCUCUCCUCACCGACUGUUACCGGUCAGGCGAUCCCGUUACCGGAAAAAGGAAUUACACUUACAUGGAUGCUGUUCGAGCAAAUCUCGGCGGAGUGAAGGUUAAGAUAUGUGGUGUGAUUCAAUACCUCAAUCUGUUCGGCGUCGCCAUCGGUUACACAAUCGCAGCGUCGAUAAGCAUGCUAGCAAUCAGACGGACCAACUGCUUCCACGAGAAAGGCCAAAAGAAUCCAUGCAACAUGUCGAGCAAUCCAUACAUGAUCAUAUUCGGCAUUUCGGAGAUCCUCCUUUCUCAGAUCCCUGACUUUGAUCAGCUAUGGUGGCUCUCCAUUGUCGCAGCGAUCAUGUCUUUCACCUACUCCUCCAUCGGCCUCGGCCUCGGAAUCGCCAAAGUUGUAGAGACAGGAACCUUCAAAGGCAGCCUAACUGGAAUAAGCAUCGGACCGGAAGUCACCGAAAUGCAGAAGAUAUGGAGAAGCUUCCAAGCUCUCGGCGACAUCGCCUUCGCAUACUCCUAUUCAAUCAUCCUCAUUGAAAUACAAGACACCAUCAAAUCUCCACCGUCGGAAUCCAAAACCAUGAAAAAAGCCACCGUUUUCAGCGUCGCCGUCACCACCGCCUUCUACAUGCUCUGCGGCUGCAUGGGUUAUGCCGCAUUCGGCGACAAUGCUCCCGGAAAUCUCCUCACUGGCAAAGGCUUCUACAACCCCUUCUGGCUUCUUGACAUUGCCAACGCCGCCAUCGUCAUCCACCUCGUUGGAGCUUAUCAAGUCUUCUGCCAGCCCCUGUUCGCAUUCGUCGAGAAAUCAGCUACUAAAAGAUGGCCGAAGAGCGACUUCAUCACGAAGGAUAUCCCAAUCCCAAUCCCAGGCUGCCGCCCUUACAGACUCAAUCUCUUCCGGCUAGUCUGGCGGUCGAUAUUCGUUGUUUUGACGACUGUCAUCUCCAUGCUCCUCCCGUUCUUCAACGACGUCGUAGGAAUACUCGGCGCAUUUGGGUUCUGGCCGCUGACUGUAUAUUUCCCGGUGGAGAUGUACAUUGCUCAGAAGAAAAUACCCAAAUGGAGUACUAGAUGGAUAUGUCUCCAGAUUCUCAGUAUGUCCUGUCUGAUAAUCUCUCUUGCUGCUGCUGCUGGUUCGAUUGCGGGUGUGACUCAUGACCUCAAGACCUAUAAACCGUUCAAAUCAAGUGCUUGAUUGGAUUAGAUUUCAAUUGAAGAAUGUUAAUUUACCUGCUUUUGUUCUCUGUUGUGAUUGUGAUUAGCAGUAUAAGCUAAGAAAGAAAAUGGAAGAUUGGAAUUCGACCAUAACCAGUGGCUGUAACAACCAUAGAUUGUUGAAGUUGUUGUUAUUAUCUUUGCUGUGGUUGUUGAUGUUGGUGUUUGGAUUUCGAGACUGAGGGGAUGUAUACGUGGAAUGGAAUGUAAGGAAAGAAGUCGUUUAUCGUUGCUUGUUUGGAUUCUGUAAAAAGAUAAAACAAUGAAACGUUGUUUCCGGGAAA